UCUCAUUUGACUGACGCGCACCACUGCAGACUCGUGUUCACACAUUUAAACGACGCGCGUGUGCUCAUUUAUGUACUUAAUUUAAUCAUAUGUUCAUUCAUUUAAGAUGGAAAGUGAUACAUUCGAUAUUCUGGAUCAGGUUGGGUAUGAUGGGCCGCUGACAGAUGAGCAGUCUCUGUUGGCGGUGUGUGGGCGGGGCUUCAGCUCAUCUGAAUAUGUUAAUCUGAUGAAGUGGAUCUCAUCCAGACUCACACGCAUCACUGGUACACACACAGAAGAACCCCUCAUCACAGAUGAUUCAGACAGGAGUGUUGUGGAGCUCAGCAGGCUGCUUAAAGACUUAUACUGUCCGUAUAAAGGACUCGUUGCAGCGUUAGUCAACGGAGAGGUGAAAGACACCAAGGACUUCCUGAAAAUCAUCUUGUUUUUGGCGUCAGAGCUCCAGGCUGCUCAGAUCGUGUGCAGUAAAGCGGUGACCGAUGGAGACGUUCAGGAGGAGGACACAUCUCUUCAGGAUCUCCGAGUGAUUUGUGAAACUCUGAAACUUCCAGAUCCAGACAAACACGAGACCAGAGGCACAUUUACUGCCAUAGAGAGUCAACUGAGUAUUUUAAUAAAGCAGCUUCCAGAAACACACAUUGGAAAUCCAGCAUUGAAGAGCUGUCUUGAUGCUCAUAAAUGGAGUCAGUUGGAGAAGAUAAACAGUGUUUUAUCUGCGGAGUACGAGUGUCGACGGCGGAUGCUCAUCAAACGGCUGGAUGUGACCGUGCAGUCCUUCAGCUGGUCUGACAGAGCAAAGGUGAAACUUGACAGAAUGGCUGAGGCUUAUCAGUCAAAGAGAUAUUCAUUAUCAUUAAAGUCAUCAAUAAGUGUGUCUCACCUGCUCGCUGCACGAGAGGACAUCUGUAACCUAGUGAAAACCAGCAGCGGCUCCUGCAGAGAGAAAACUAGCUGUGCCGUUAACAAGAUCCUAAUGGGGGUGGUGCCUGAUCGCGGUGGCCGACCGUCUGAGAUUGAAGCCCCACCCCCUGAGAUGCCCCCCUGGCAGAAGAGAACUGAUGGAGGAGGACGAGGAGGAGGUGGAUAUAGCAGAGGUGGAGGUUAUGGAGGGAACUGGAGCACGGGCCGAUCCAGAGGUGGUUGGAGCUCUGGGGGAGGGGGAGGAGGUCCAGGAGGAGGAGGGUGGAGAUCAGGCAAAUGGAGUAAAGGAGGCAGUGGAGGGCAUUACUAUCACUGACUGUGUUUCUGUGAGAUGAUAAAACAGUGUUAUAUUCUGAUGUGUGAGUGAACAUUUUUAUUACUGUUAAAAUGCAUUGAGGUGCCUCUCAUGUUUUGGGGAGAUCAAUGAAUUUAAUUUUAAACAAGUCUGUAGAGGCUGGUUAGUUGGUUUCAGGUGGUCCAUUUUGUUAUUAAUUAUGACUCAGAAUUAUUUGAGGUUACCAAGAGACAAUGCAUUACUUCAAAAACAUGCUUAAAAUGAAUCACAAACAGUGUUGGUUAACGCUACUUUUAAAAGUAACUUGUUAGAAUAUUGUGUUAUUCCUUAACUUAAUUAAAAAGUUUUUUUUUUUUUUAUGGAAAGCGUUACUUUUGCAUUACGUUUUCUCACAGCCACUUUCUCUUCUUCUAUGCUAUGCAUUCCAUACAAAUAAUCCAUGCACUGCAUACAAGAGACAUAACAGGUCAUGCUAGCUACUGUACAACACUCAUGUCAAGACAACAUAGUAAACAAAAAGAUAUUUAGAAAGUAGGUCUUCACGUCAUAUUUAUAAUAAAGAAUCAAUAACAUGAAUAUGCAUGAUUUGUUUUUCCAUCAACAUGGCAGCCAGUAUGAAUAAUGAUUAUACAUAAAGUCUUACCUAAAGCAGCAAAGUCCAACACUUGAACCUGCAUCAUAUAUAUCAUCAUGUGCGGUACCUAUUUGCAAUGCCAGAGUCAACUUGAGAUAUUCUCCAGAGGUCAGGAUAAAAUUCAGUGGGGAAUGCCAGUCUAACAUGUUCAAGGAAUAAGUCUGAUGAAUAAAUAAAUAUUUUUCACUCA